AUGGCUCCAUGCUUUGUGCUGGACCACAAAGGUGCCUUGAUGAACAGCACAACCCAUGUGAGGCUGUUCCUUUGUGAGUUAGAGACGGAGGAAGAUAAAUUUUAUUUAGGCGAAGAAGAAAUUGUGAGAGUCGAUAUCAUUGGUACUGUGGUGUACAUCAGCCAAAGGGAGCGAGUCAUUACAUUCCAAAUUGAUGAUGGAACAGGCAUAAUUCACUGUGCAAAAUUCAUCAGCCCUGAGUCUGAAGGUGACUGUGAUCAUCAGGAUUCCCAAAGAGAAAAGGGACCUAAUUAUAGCCUCAAGAACCUGCUUCUGAGUUUAGCUGCCCCAGAGAAUCCCUUAAAACUAGGGGAUCUCGUUAAUGUCCGUGGCCGCUUGAAUAUCUUCAGAGACCAGCCUCAGAUUAUUGUGAACAGUUUACGUAUCCUUUUUGCUUGUCAUGUUCACGAUGUUAAUGAAGAGUGGUUUCGGAUAUUGGAAAUAAAUGCACUAAGGAAGAACAAGGCAGCUUCCAUUAAUAGUGCUAAAGAAUCUGAUAUUCAAAGUUCUGACAGACUGCAUUGUUUCUUUCAGUCAGAAUAA